AUGGCUUUUUCUUCUUCUUCUUCUUCUGCUCUUUCGAUUCCUUUAUCUUCUUCGUCUCAAAACUGGGAGUACGAUGUCUUUCCGAGCUUCCACGGGAAAGAUGUACGCAAAACCUUUCUCAGCCACCAACUGAAGGAGUUCGGAAGAAAAGCAAUCAACUUUUUUGUUGAUAACGAGAUCAAGAGAGGAGAAUUCAUCGGUCCUGAACUCAAACGGGCAAUCAAAGGAUCUAAGAUUGCUGUUGUCUUGCUCUCCAAGAAUUACGCUUCUUCUUCGUGGUGUCUUGACGAAUUGGUGGAGAUCAUGAAGAAAGAGUCGGGUCAAACGGUGAUUACCAUUUUCUAUGAAGUAGAUCCAACUGAUGUGAAGAAGCAGAAGGGAGACUUUGGGAAGGUCUUCAAAAAAACUUGCAAAGGUAAAGGCAAGGAGAAGGUUCAGACAUGGAAGAAAGCUUUGGAGGGUGUGGCCACAAUCGCGGGUUACCAUUCAAGCAACUGGGUUGAUGAAUCAACCAUGAUUGAAAACAUCGCUGCUGAAAUUUCGAACAAGCUCAAUCAUUUGACGCCGUCACGUGAUUUUGACCAUUUAAUUGGGAUGGGAGCUCAUAUGAAAAAGAUGGAACAGUAUUUACGUCUAGAUUUGGAUGAAGUGAGGAUGAUUGGGAUUUGGGGUCCGCCAGGGAUUGGAAAGACCACCAUAGCCAGGUUUAUGUUUAACCAACUCUCCAACAAUUUCCAAAAUAGCGCAUUCAUGGUGAAUAUCAAGGGAAGCUAUCCAAGACCUUGUCUUGAUGAGUACACUGCACAAUUUCAACUACAGAAAGAAAUGUUGUGUGAGAUGUUCAAUCAGAAAGAUAUCAUGAUUUCUCAUUUAGGAGUCGUACAAGGACGGUUGGGAGACAGGAAAGUGAUUCUUGUUCUUGAUGAUGUGGAUCGGUUAGCACAACUAAAUGCCUUGGCCAAAAAUGUUCAUUGGUUUGGUCGUGGAAGUCGGAUUAUCAUCACAACAGAAGAUCUAAGACUUUUGAAGGCACAUGGGAUCGACCAUAUAUACAAGGUGAAUUUUCCAUCAAAUGAUGAGUCUCUUCAAAUGUUCUGCAUGUAUGCUUUUGAUCAAAAGUCCCCUAAAGAUGGUUUCGAUGGACUUGCUCGUGAAAUUACAUACCUUGUCGGUGAACUUCCUUUAGGACUGAAGGUUAUGGGAUCCUACUUUCGAGGAUUAUCCAAGGAGCGGUGGUCAAUGGAAGUAUCAAGGUUAAGGACUAACCUUAAUGGAGAAAUUGAGAGCAUUUUGAAGUUCAGUUAUGAUGCUUUAUGUGAUGAAGAUAAAGAUUUAUUCCUUCAUAUAGCUUGCUUUUUCAAUGGGGAAAAAAUGAGGAGAGUGAAAGAAUUUCUUGCUGAAAAAUUCAAGGAUUUGAGUCAAAGGCUUGACGUUUUAGUUGAGAAAUCUCUCAUAUCUAUUGAAUAUAAUCAAUAUGAUUAUCAACGCAAACAUGAUUCGUAUGUAACGAUGCAUAAAUUGUUGGGCCAACUAGGUAGAAAAAUCGCCAGUAACUCUGAUCUUGAGCCUAGGCAACGCCAGUUUUUGAUUGAAACUGAUAUUUCUGCUUUACUCCCUGGUUAUACAGCGAUUACUAGAAGUUUUAUUGGCAUAGAAUCCAAGUAUGGGUUAAAUAUAACUGGGGAAAUCUUUGAAGGAAUGUCUAAUCUCCAGUUCUUAAGAAUCAGCAAUGAUCAUGGUCAUCGAAACAUUAUAUCUUCUCAGAGAUGUUUGACCUUUAUAUCUCCAAAUCUACGAUUACUAUAUUGGUCUUUUUGUCCAAUGACAUGUUUGAGUUUUACAAAUGACCUAGAGUUCCUUGUUGAAUUAAAAAUGUUUUGCAGCACGCUUGAGAAGCUCUGGGACGGAACUAAACUGCUUCGAAAUCUCAAGCGGAUAGAUUUGUCAUCGUCUCGUUACCUGAAGGAGCUUCCUAAUCUCUCAAUGGCCACUAAUCUCACAUCCUUAGAUGUUCGUGGAUGUUCAAGUCUAGUGGAGCUCCCUUCCUCUAUUGGGAAUGCAACUAAUCUCGAAGGUUUAUUUCUCAAUGGAUGUUCAAGUUUGGUGGAACUUCAUUGCUGCCCCAUUCCUUUUGCAGGGAGCUUAGAUCUCAGUGGAUGUUCAAGUCUAGUGGAACUACCUUCCUUUAGCCAUUUAACUAAUCUCCAAAAAUUAUCACUUAAAGGAUGCUCAAGGCUUGUAUCACUCCCAAAGCUUCCAGAUUCCCUAAUGGUCCUAGAUGCAGAAAAUUGUGAGUCCCUAGAGAAAAUAGAUUGCUCUUUUUGCAAUCCAGGUUUGCGUCUGAACUUCAAUAACUGCUUCAAAUUGAAUAAAGAAGCAAGAGAUCUCAUCAUCCAGAGAUCAACUCUUGAAUUUGCGGCCUUACCCGGUAAAGAAGUGCCUGCGUGCUUCACUUACAGAGCUUAUGGGAGUUCCAUAGCAGUGAAGUUGAAUCAAAAGCCUCUUUGUACACCCACAAAAUUUAAGGCUUGCAUCUUGGUUGUUAACAAGGCCGAACAUGAGGUUGGUUUUAAGGAAAGCGGGAGGGUGUCUUGUCGAAUCAACUCCAAACAGAAACAAUCAACUGAUCGAUAUUUAUUUCUAACGGAGCAUCUAUACAUUUUCAACGUUAAAGCAGAGGAGGUGACUUCCACCGAGCUUUUUUUUGAGUUCGAGCUCUGCGUUUUCAAUAAAACCUGGGGGAUAAAAGAAUGCGGGUUACUCCAAACUCUUGGAGCAUCAUGUUGAUGAAGAUUAUGAGAGCUUGAGAGGUGGCAAUAAAGAGAUAUGUAAAAGGAUCGUCAGCUUGAGAGCUGAAUACGAACGU